UGGCCGGGUUCCCGGCCCGGGGCCCUCACGUGGGAAAACCCCGGCGCUGGAAGGGGAGGGGUCGAGCGGAUCCAGCCGCUUCCCUUCGUCUUUAUUCCCAGCUCGCCGCCUUGCCCGCGCACCUUCUCUGCCGCUCCGCUCCGCCCGGCCUGCCGGUUCCCCAGCCAUGGACCCCCCCAGCGCUGUGCCCUACGCCCGCCUGGAGAUCCCCGACCUCGACUCCGUGCCCUCCUACAAGUACUGGUCCAUCUUCAACAUCCUGUGCUGCUGCCUGCCCCUGGGGCUGGUCGCUGUCUUCUACUCGGGACAGGUGGAGGAGUGCCUAGCACGCAGAGAUAUCGCAGGAGCGAAGUCCGCCUCUGACACCGCAAGAACCAUCAACAUCCUCGCCGUGGUGAUCGGGCUGGCAUGCAUCGGUGUGGCCAUAUUCUUUAUGAUCCAGAGAGUUCAGCUGCUCAGUGCAGCACAACCCACCCGGUUUCCCUCACUCUAUAAUUUAGGCUGAGGCCAGGGUGCUGCCCCCCAGGCUUGGAGAGAUGAAACCACCACUGCAAAAAUCUGUCUUUGAAUUCUGCUCUCUUUAGGUUCUUACUCUUCUUUAUUCUGCUGGUAGCCAGUAAGCUUCCUCUACAGCUGGUGCUGCCAUAAGUAUGUUUGCAGGUCUUAUGCCCCCAAGAUCAUCAUCAAGCUGACAGCUGCAGAUAUUGAAUUGGGAUUCCCUCUCUCUCAGCCUUCACCACAGCCAGCUGGGUAUAAUUCUCAUGGCACUAACUCCUUUCUCACUAGACUGGAAAGAAAUCAAGAAAAAGGCACUGAAAUCUUUCCAGGCCACACAGACAGACUUGCUGCUAAUGCGGAGGUUCUUAAGUAAAGCACCACCUGGGAGCAGGGGCUGCACUGCAGGGGGGAAGCUUGCAGGAACUAUUGCACCCCCUAGUGGCUGCUGGCUGGGUGCCCAGCUCUGCCCCUGACCCUGUGUCUCCACCCAUUGGGAGGCACUGUCCAGGGCAGGUGGAGGGAUUGGGACUCCCCACAGCUGCCUGUUCUGGCCUGGGUUCCUGGACCCUGCUCCUCAAGGUUCUCUUGGCCCCAGAGCCAGGUCCCCCAGCGUGGUGGCUGUUACUGGCUGCGAGCAGUUGAAGGAGGCAGGGCCUGGGAGGAAGUGGGGUCAGAAUUUAGGAGGAGCAGGGGUGGGGAUAUGGAGAGCCAGGGGCACUGCCCCCCCUCCUGGCUCAGGCUGGCAUCACCUCCCCUCUUUCAGGCUUAUCUUUUUAUCUAAGUGUUGGCUCUAGCAAUGAUGCCUGGGGGCCAUAUUCAUCCCUAGUCUCCCACCUUCACUGGCUCUAGCUAGCACCUGUCCUAACGAGCUGUGUGCUUUAAACAGGUUACUAAGUGCCUGGUAGCUGAGACCACUGCUGUUUUCGCACUAGCUCCGGGAGGAGAUGAUUGUAGUAGAUUACCGAGAGCUGUUCAGGGCUAAUUAAUGUAAUCACUUCUCUGUGAAAGUUUUGGAUCAACUCUUGUUAUAAAUGUAACUGAAAGAUGGGUUUACUCUGGCUGUGACACCACUGCUGUGUAUGAUGAGUUUCAUAGUUGCUGCUACGGGGGGCUUUUUGCCCACCACCACCAAAGCAAAAGAGAGGGAAUGGAUCAUAAAAGGCCAGAAAGUGGCAGGGGAGCUCCAAGGCAGAUAGGAAACCUUGAACUACUUUAAAUUCUUUGGAGUAGAUUUCACUGCGUCUGUUAAGCACGGCACCUUGCCCUUCACAAGAGCUGAUGGAAGAGUUCAGAAGCACAGGGAGCAAAGAUUGAGAGAAUGGAUUUUACACGGGGCCUGUAUACGGUUUAAAAGAGAGGGCUUAUCUGUAAACGGCUUAUUCCAAUGUUUCUAAAAGUUUACAAAAAUGUAAAUAAAUGCUUCCAAUACUAAA